AUUAAUAAACAGUUGAACUUGAAAACACAUCAUCAAUUCAUCAUCAUCCAAUUAUAAUUAAUCACCUCAAAAACCCAUCCAAAUCAAUUAAAAAUCACUACUAUAGCACAUGAAUAACCCGUCAAUUCUGAAAGAAAAUUUUACUCAUAGGACCAAGAAGAUCUGUGCAUUCUCACAGUGAGGCUCUUGGGAAGAGAGAGAAAGAGACAAAAAAAAUUAAAAAAAACUGUGUGAUCCCAACACUGAGAGUCGCAACAAAGAAAAAUAAAUCGAAGAAGAAGAAAGAAAAAAAAAACAUGGGAUGUUCAUUUUCUGGGUUAAAUGCAUUAUAUGAUGCUGUUAAUGGAGGUGGGGAUGUUUGGAUCAACGAAAAUAGAUUCAAGAUCGUAAGACAGCUUGGUGAAGGUGGGUUCGCUUAUGUCUACUUGGUCAAAGAAGUUGUUACCGACGCUUCUGCUGCUUCUGCUGGCCUUUCUAACAAGCUCAAAGACCCUUCUUUUCUCUCAGAUGAUGGGACUUAUGCUAUGAAGAAAGUGUUGAUUCAGAACACUGAGCAGCUGGAAUUGGUGAGGGAAGAGAUCCGUGUUUCUUCUUUGUUUAAUCAUCCCAAUUUGCUACCCCUUCUUGAUCAUGCUAUUAUCAAAGUCAAGGAACAAUCUUGGAAACAUGAAGCAUAUCUGUUAUUUCCAGUUCAUUUGGAUGGUACUUUGCUGGAUAACACGACAGCUAUGAAAGCUCAAAAGGAAUUUUUUUCAACUGUGGAUGUCCUCCAAAUAUUUCGACAGCUUUGUGCAGGGUUGAAACACAUGCACAGUUUUGAUCCUCCAUAUGCACAUAAUGAUGUCAAACCUGGCAAUGUUCUAAUCAAACACAGAAAGGGACAGGCACCACUAGCCGUAUUGAUGGAUUUUGGAAGUGCUCGCCCUGCUCGAAGGCAAAUUCAGUCACGUGCAGAAGCACUGCAGCUUCAGGAAUGGGCAGCUGAGCACUGUUCUGCCCCAUUUCGCGCUCCUGAGUUUUGGGAUUGUCCAAGUCAGAGCAAUAUCGAUGAAAGAACUGACAUUUGGUCGCUGGGAUGCACAUUAUAUGGAAUAAUGUAUGGUGUCUCCCCCUUUGAGUAUGCAUUGGGAGAAGCUGGAGGAAGCCUACAAUUGGCGAUUGUAAAUGUGCAAAUAAAAUGGCCAGCAGGACCAAAGCCGCCGUAUCCUGACACACUUCACCAAUUUGUGACCUGGAUGCUUCAGCCUCAAGCUGCUGUUCGUCCACGUAUUGAUGACAUCAUCAUCCAUGUCGACAAGCUGAUAUCCAAGUACUCGAAUUAGCAAGAAACAUCUGUUGAUGCCCACCAAACUGAACUUGUAUGCACAUGUGUAUCAUGAAGCUCUUUGAAGAUACUUGAUCAUAUAGUUUAAGUUCUCGCAUUUGAGAAAAGGAGAUGAUCGUGCUUAUAUUACUUUGUCUAAUAAGUAGUAUUUAUGUUAGAUAUUAUUUUGGCAAUAGAUAUUUUUGUGUAGUGAAUUCAAAGAAAGUCAAUUUAUAAACAUUGUGUAUUGCUUCUACAA